GCACUGAGCGCCGUAAAGAUUCCUUUUAUCACGACAAGGUUCGCCAACAGGAAGGGGCCGAGAUCAAUGCGAGCUUACACGCCCUGAAGGAGUGCAUUCGAUAUAGAAUGCUACGCCAUCACCACAACAACAAUAGCAGCAGCAGUAGUGUGUCGGUGGAGAAAGAAGGAUUCGUCCCCUUCCGGGGCUCAGCGUUGACUAGAGUCCUCGCGGAAGGCUUCGUCAGACCGGAUGCUCUACUGCAUGUGAUGGCCACUAUUUCACCAUGUGCUACGGACAUCGAACACAGCAUAA